GAGGUCUCGCUGAAGUCACUUUUCCACUACCGCUCUCACAUGUUGAAGUUUCUGUACCCCCCCUCCACCCCACUUGAGGAGGGAUUUUGAGUCGAGAGUCUGGAUCGGAUAGCGGUGUCGGUGUGAGUGUUUCCCCGGCUGUGAUUUCUCCAGUUUCUUUUUUUUUUUUUUCCUCUCUCCCUGCAGGAAUACAGAGAGAGAGAGGGAGAGGGAGAGAGAGGGAGAGGGGAAACGGUCUGGCUGCUUGAAGAUUUCGUUGCGACACCAAAAACUUUGGCGACAUGGACGCGCACCGCGGCGCGCCUCCGGCCGGGCAGCAGAUCGUGCACGUCCGCGGGGACUCGCAGACGGAGCUGGAGGCCCUCUUCAGCGCCGUGAUGAACCCCAGCAAGUCGGCCCGGCAGCCGGCCUCCCUGCCCAUGAGGAUGAGGAAGCUGCCCGACUCCUUCUUCAGGCAGCCGGAUUCCCGAGGCCACUCCAGACAAGCCAGUUCGGAUGGAGGCGUGUGCGGCUCCCUCACUCCUCAUCACGUCCGCGCCCAUUCCUCCCCUGCCUCCCUCCCGGUCAACUCCCUCUCCACUCAAGCGGCGGAUGUAGCGGCGACGCCGAUCAUACCUGACGACGUGCCACUCCCCCACGGUUGGGAAAUGGCCAAAACGCCUACCGGCCAACGUUACUUCCUCAAUCACCUGGAUAAGACAACCACCUGGCACGACCCCCGACUCUCACAGCUUCAGUCGGCUGCGGCCCAGCAUCCCAUCUCUGGCACUCCAGCCCACAGUCACUCCCUCAGCAACCCGGCACCCACCACACAACCACAAAACAUCAAUCCAGAGACAGGUCCACUGCCUGAAGGCUGGGAGCAGGCUGUGACUGCAGAUGGAGAGGUGUACUACAUCGAUCACAUAAAUAAGACCACCGCAUGGGUCGACCCGCGUCUAGCCCAGAAGAUGAACCCUGGCAUCCUUGGCUUGGCACUGCAGCAGAGGCAGGAAAAGGAAAGGCUCAGGUGCAAACAAGGCCUCCCUCCGCAAAUCACACUACAGGAGGCAGGAGGAAGGAACCAGAUGCCCGGCGGAAUGGACCAUGACAGGAACGCACAGACACUCGUCCCGUCUCUUGAUGUCAGGAUCAGAGGCUCCAACCACGAACCCACGCUCAAUGGCGCUCACUCUCGCAACGAGAGCACCGACAGUGGUCUGAGCGUCAGCAGCUUACCACGCACAUCGGACCACAUGUUGAGCUCUGUGGAUCACAUGGACACUGGCGACUCUGGCGAGACCUCCUCGAUGACCUUGCAGGAGUCUAUGCCCGUGCUCCCGAUGUCUGAGGGCGAGGAGCUAAUGCCCAGCAUCCCCGAGGGUCUCAGUUCAGACCUUCUGAUGGACAUGGAGACCGUUCUCUCCGGGUCGCACAUGGACAGAGACAGCCUGCUCACCUGGCUAUAGACACAUCCGGCCGCCACCCACAAAAUAUGGCUUUUGACAUCAAAUCUUCAUAACGUGACUGAGAAUUCUGGAGAAUCUGGUACAGAGCAACAUUGCUGAGAGAACAUGCCACUGUUGUGUGAUGGAUCCCUAACACUACUCGCACCCCCGAGGAAAGAAAAAAAAAACAAAAAACCUGACGCUCGCAGAUGGUGGUAAGCUGCUGGUAUUCGCUGGUCUUUCAGGGCCUGGUGUUACACAGAUGCAUGACGGAGCAUCCGUGUUUUUAGAAACACUCCUUUCCUGUUAGUCACUGGCCUCAGAUGGAACUCCCUCACAAAAGCUCAUUUUAGAGCACAGGUUUAUUUUACUGUCCCCACUUGGGCGAAACUGGUUUGCGGCAAAGUUUUGAAACACAUUAUCAAGUCAGUUAAGCGUGCAUGUAGCAGAAAGACAUAAAUAAUAAUACAAAAAAAAAGAGUUGCUCUGAAGAUAUAUAACAGUAAUUGAAAACAUAAUAUCCAUUUUACUUCACAUAGCUUGCGGGAGCAACGUGUAGCGCUACUACCUCUAAGCAUCUUGUAAUUUGUGAUUUUAAUGCUCACAGCUGUCCCAAAACUUUUCCCUCAAGAGCCGACAGAACUAAGAGCGAGAGAUCAAUUUAACACUACAUUGGUUCCAAAAAAAAAUAAAAAACCUGCACAAAAGGAGCCCCCACUGCCGCCUCUACACAGAAGGACAUCUGGGGAGGGGGGGGAGAGGACGCACCCUAGUGGUGAGCUGGUAGAGGAUGAAGAACACUAACAAAAGUCCCAUUUAACUUUUAGAACACAAGCCAAAAAACAGUAUUAAACCCGUCUGCGUGGAGGACCGGGCUGCUCAAAAACCAAGAUUUGAAUGUGUGAGGUGUUUUUUUUGUUGUUGUUGUUUGCUUUAAAGUUAAGGAGGACGGGCUCCAUCUCUGAACUAAUCAAAGCCUGAUGAAAGACUUCAGAGAAAUAAAAGGCUUACAGUAGAAGAGUCUCAACUUUGGACACUAAGAAUUACAAUAAAGUGUGUUUUUUUUUAAAGAGCUGGAACACACAGAGGAUGUCUGCGUGAUAUGAGCAUGUGUUCAGUAGGAUGCAAUCCAACACAAUACAGGGUUUCCCCCCCCAGGAGGAAACUGUGAUCCUGACUCAUGUGACCAAUUUAGUUAGUGGAUGAAGUCCUAACACACCAUAUGAUAUCGCCUUUUAAUGGGUGAAAAAGCACGUUUUACUUGAUAAACGCCUGUUAAUUUUAAAGCCCCCCACGGGUUAAACACUUGUGUUUCUUCUCGUUCCUACGGUUGAGUGUUUGAGCUUCUCUGUGCAGAAGCGGGUUCGACACUAGAAGGCUGUUUUCACGUUCGUCGCCGAAAGUGUUAAACUUCUCUGAGCUAACAGGAAAGAUCUGAGCCCGGUUUUCAGCACACACGAGUGCGAUGUGGAAACGUGAAGCCUCCAGUCCACACACACUGAGAAUGAACUGCACAGUGAAGCAGGAGACGUCUCCCAUUAAGUAUUUUUGCACGUAUUUGCGUGAUCAUCUUUUCUUUUUUUUUAAAUGAGGGAGAAGAGGUAGAUGUGAUUUACAGUUUUUAAACAAGACAAUACAACUUUUCGUGGGUAGGAAACCGUAUCAGAAACACGUUAUUAGUCACAUUCCAGUGUUACAGACAUGUAAACUUGUCUGGAGAGGAUGUUUAAAAAAACAUUUGCCAACCUCCAGGAAACCCCCGCACCAAGCCUUUUUCUAAAGCAACAGUGCCUUGUCAACAUCUUGUAACUGGGUGAAUGGUGUCUCUGUCUCAGCCUCUCCGCCCCCCUGCCACUUGUUUCUGCACUGUGUAACUUCAGUGAGAGGGCAGGAUCACAGCGUCACACGUUUACUUCAACAUACAAGUUUUCAACACAUAACAUUGUUAAAAUGUAUUGAGUUGUGUUUGUAGUUGGCGCCUACAUUACGUCUGGGAUUUGUCUUUAUGACAGUGACGUUAUGCAAAUGUGGGGGGCGCCAAAUUGGACAAAAAACUGCCCAUUUCCUCAUAAUUCCAGUUCAAGUUAACACUUCUCUUUUUGUUUGAGCUCCAGUUGUGUUGGAUUGCAUUGCAGCGUACACGGUUUCAGUCGUUUUGUCCACUACAGCAUUGGGUAUAAGCUUGAGAGAGGUAGUAUUUAUUGGAGAUUUGUUUUAUUGGAUUGCGUUAUAUUGUACAGUUGUGAUGUUUAUUGUUUCCCCCCUUGUUUAAAAAAAAAAAAAAAAAAAAAAAGCAAUGCCACUCAGAUGCCAUCGAGCCCCUUCUGCUCAGUGCUGAUACAUCUCUCUCCUAGUGGUUCUGGAUCAUAAAGAAAUAUUCGUAUUGGCUCCACACAUUCUUGUUUUUUCAGCGGCAUCGUAGGUACACUUCGUACACUUUUGCUGACCGAAUGCGUCCAGGUUGAGCUUUUCAGAUGCAGCUUUCUCGCCAUUUUCAGGCAUCCAUUGUUUUCCAUUCAUUUCUAAAAAAAAAAAAAAAAAAAAAAAAAUCGAUUAGCAGACUCUUGAAACUUCUAUCAUCGGCGAUUUGAUCUGAUCUGUUGUCACCCUCUGAGUCCGUCACAGAGAAAGUAACUGGUACAUGUACUAUUCUACUCCUUUUCACAAGAGCCCUUUUAAGGUGUGAAUGUCAGUGCUGGACAAUCAAAACUGAAAUACCUCUUCUCUGAUACACCGUGCUUUAUCCACCAUGUGCAGUAUUUCCUUCAUCGCCAUAGAUACCAUGUGUAUUCAACCACAUUAUCAUCAAGAGAAAUAUAAAUGACCAUCGAUACAGUACAACAUUAGUGUUAAUCAUAUCCUGAUAUUCUUUUUUUUAUUAUUAUUUCAACCCAUUUAGACAACAAGUUCAGUAGUUUUCUAAAACACCAUAAAUUUACAUCCCUCACACCUCUAAACAUAUAUUAAUGAAUAACCCUAUAUAAAUUCAAAGUCGAUCCACAGCAAUGAAGUUUCAGGAUGCUGCAAAUAGAUUUUCAUAUUGGUUGAACAUGUAUGGACUGGAGGCCUGGAGCUAUAGAUAAAAAAGACGUGUGUGUAUAUAUAUAUAUAUAUAUAUACAUAUAUAUAUAUAUAUAUAUAUACAUAUAUACAUAUAUACAUAUAUAUAUAUAUAUAUAUAUAUAUAUAUAUAUAUAUAUAAACGCAUUCAAAGCAGAGCAGCAACUCUAACAUGCAAAUCAACUCUAAAAGCAGAGCAGCGUUGAUUUCUGAACACUUAUCGGUGGUGUAUCAUGUAUGUGAUUUGUUGUAAAUAGACUAAAUCAUGCAUGAGCACUGGUGUUAUCCUUUUUUUAAAACAAGAUAGAGAAAGAUAUCAGUUAGCUUCCACUCCAUAGAGUUAUCGUUUCCUCCAGCUGUGUAUUCAGCAACAUACUAAUCACGGAUGCUGUGUUCUUGGUGUAUUUUGUUCUAACUGCAAGUGUUAUCUGGUGCUCUCGUACAGAAGGCAGUCGUCACUAAGGGCGAGCUCUUUAAACUCUCCUUGUUUCAUUGAACUAUAUAAUAAGUAUAUAAUCUGUUUGUUUUUUUUUGUUGCUGUUGUUUUUUUUUUAUGCGCUGGGUUGUUUCUGCAGUGUGUUUAUAUUUUACCAUGAAUGGAAGCUGUUAAUUAUUGGUGCGAGCGUUUCUUCUAACCAGCUUUCUUUGUUUUGUUUUUUUUUGUUGUUGUUUUUUAUAGAGAAAUAAGUCAAGACUUCAUUCACAAAAUCCCCAAAUAAAAAGCCACGGGCCUGUACUGUUCAUACAUACAAUGCAACACACUACCUAGCCUAUUAUUUAUCUUAGCAUGCAUGACACUUGCUAUGUAUGUUACAUAUAAUGUUUAUUAUCCUAUUUACAGAGUUUGGAGGCAAUCAGACUUGUUUUGUACCUAUUCUUUUUUUAUGCAUGUGCUUUAUAUAAAUAUACUUCUUCUUACUCUCACUGUAAUCAUGUUAAAGGAGUUUCUGUUUAAUAAACUUUUGAAUACACCUG